UCUGCUGUCCUGCCGAGGAGCGUCACGCAGUCGUCCGGUGCGUCUCCUCAGCAACUCCAGGGAACCGGAUCUCGAGGAAUAUCCUUCAAAGGAAUAACUGCAGCCGGCGGUGCAGGAGGAGAUCACACCACAGAAGACCUGUGCGAGUCGCCCGGAGAAGAGAGGGCUCCCCCCCCAACCUGAGCCAUGAGUCGCAGCAUUGUGCGGCAGAGUAAGUUUCGGCACGUCUUUGGUCAGACGGUCAAGGCCGAGCAGGGUUACGAUGACAUCCGUGUGUCCAAGGUGACGUGGGACAGCUCCUUCUGCGCCGUCAACCCAAAGUUUCUGGCGGUCAUUGUCGAGUCCAGCGGAGGAGGCGCGUUCCUGGUGCUGCCCCUCUCUAAGUCGGGUCGUGUGGAUAAGAACUACCCGCUUGUAGUCGGGCACUCUGGACCCGUCCUCGAUAUCGACUGGUGCCCUCAUGACGACAACAUCCUGGCCAGCGGCUCGGAGGACUGUACUGCGAUGGUGUGGCAGAUCCCAGAUCACUCACUGACCCGCCCCCUCUCCGACCCCGUCGUCGUCCUGGAGGGACACUCCAAACGUGUCGGUAUUGUCACCUGGCACCCGACCGCACGCAACAUACUCCUCACUGCGGGCAGUGAUAACCUGAUUAUAAUCUGGAACGUGGGGACGGGCGAGCCCCUCAUCUCCAUGGACGACCACCCGGACCUCAUCUACAGCAUCAGCUGGAACCGAAACGGCAGCUUGUUUUGCACCACCUGCAAGGACCGACGUCUGCGCGUCUGCGACCCGCGCAAGAGGGAGGUGGUUGCGGAACGUCUGGCUCCACAUGAGGGCAUCCGGCCAAUGAGAGCCAUCUUCACCAGAGAUGGAAACAUUUUCACCACAGGAUUCACCAGGAUGAGCCAGAGGGAGCUCGGACUUUGGGACCCGACAAACUUUGAAGAGCCCAUUGCAGUGUUGGAAUUGGACACAAGUAACGGAGUGUUGCUACCGUACUAUGACGCAGAUGCAAACAUGGUCUACCUCUGUGGAAAGGGGGACAGCAGCGUCCGUUACUUUGAGAUCACAGAUGAGCCCCCUUAUGUCCACUACCUGAGCACCUUCAGCACCAAGGAGCCCCAGAGAGGGAUGGGCUUCAUGCCCAAAAGAGGUGUGGACGUCAGCAAAUGUGAGAUCGCCAGGUUAUUCAAGCUCCUUGACAAGAAGUGUGAACCCAUCACAAUGACGGUGCCCAGAAAGUCGGAUCUCUUCCAAGAUGACCUGUAUCCGGACACAGCCGGCGCCGAGCCAGCCAUGGAGGCUGAGGAGUGGCUGGAUGGCCGUGAUGAAGAUCCGAUCCUGGUCUCCAUGAGGGAGGGCUACGUGCCGCCCAAGAGCCGGGAGCUCAAAGUGGCAAAGAAGAACGUGCUGGACUCUAAACCCACCGCUCGACGAAGCAUGUCCACUUUGGACACCAGCAGUCUGCCGCCUGAGCUGCUUCAGAGGCUGUUGGAGGAAAUUCAGAAUCUAAAGGCCACAGUUUUGUCCCAGGAGAAGAGAAUUUGUGAUUUGGAGAAUAAGCUUUCCCAGUUUACCAACGGCACUGACUGACAAACACACCUUUUGAGCAAGUGCUUCUAAAUUUCAGAAUAUCUAUAUGACUAUACUAAAACAAAUGUAAUAAAAUAUAAAAAUACCACUCACCUAAUAACUUAGUGUUACCCCUUUAAAAGGUAGCAUUGGGUAGGAAUAUGCAGGUGGACAAUGUUAACUGUCAGUCCAACUACUUUGAAUAAAUUACAUCUGUAAUAAUACAAUUCUGUCAUCGAAGGUUUACAAGUAGAAAAACACAAAUGACAGAAAAAUAGGUUUCUGCAUGAAAUGAUUGAAGUCUCUCUUGAAACAUUUGAUGCACAAACAUAUUUGAUAAUAAAUGUUCCUGAUUCCUGAUAGUACACACACACACACACACACACACACACACACACACACACACCGCCAUCAAAGACCAAGCAGGCGAACACACUCGGCACCUUUCUUUUGCAUUUCCCCCCCGUAUCAGACAAACACUGACGAGUUCAUUAAAUCUCCCUGAAAACUUUUCAAAAAUGUAAAUAGUGAUAAAAUGAAACCGUAGAAAAAUGUGAAAAGUAUGUUUUGUGUUCUGUAAAGGAUUAUACAUUAGACACAUGAAAAUAAAAAAGUGUUUUUUAAAAAUA